AUGCGCUGGCUCCUUCUCGCAGUCCCAGCGCUCGCCAACCAGCUUGUGACGCUCGCUCCAGAACCACAGCUCACUACCUCUGUCGCACCUGCCGUGUCCGCCGCGUCGCUCGAACCCUCCGCGCAGGCCGCCUCCAUCUUCGAGCCCAAGCCCUUCUGGCAGCCCAUCCUGCCCUCCCAGCACAUCCCCGCGGGCCUCGAGGUGCGCAUGAACCUCGAAUCAGGCCUCCGUGAGGCAAGGCUCCCGCAGGAGGAUCAGGACCAAUCCUACGAGUUCUCCUCGCAGUUCGACCACGCCCGCGAACUCGCGCACUCGGGCGACUUCGCCGCCACGGACGCCGCCCUCGACGACCUCCUAGAGUUCUCCCACGACUACCGCUACGGUUACAAGAUUAUCGGCCACGAGUUCCCGUGGCUCGCACAGCUGCUCUGCGAUUCGCAGACGCCUGUAUCGACCAAAAAGAUCUGCCUCUCCAUGCUGGCCGCGUGUCUGCGAAACAACCCGCCUGCUGUCGAGCUCGUGCACCAAGCAGACCCGCACUUCGUGUCUGCUGUGUUCACCGAGAUGCGCGCCCUCGCGCAGCUUCCUGCCACGUCCGACCGUGCCGUUCUGGCAAAGCGCUACCUCUCCGUUGUCCAGGCGCUCGCGCCGGAGUCUUCGCCCCAAAUCGACCAGGACGUGCUUCUGGAGCUGUGCCGCUGGGGAGACCAACACGUUCGCAUGAAAGCGCUCGACAUCGCAGCGCUUCUCUACCGCGACGCGCAACCAGGCGGGUCCCAAGCGCUCGCCAAGCGGUCCCAAGACACGCACGAUGUGCAAAAGUGGGUUGACGAGUUUUCCUCGGGCAUCCAGCAGGAACACGUCGACGAAUUGCACAUCCGUAAUUUCUUCAACAGCCUCUACAACAUCAAACAGCAGAUGGGCAGAAAUGUCAAGGUCAGCUCCGGGUUUCUGGACUGGCUCAGCAAAGAGGCUGCGGCCCGCAAAGAGAGCCUGGGAUCGGGUCUGCACGAGCGCGACCCCGACCAGCUCGAGUUCGACCGCAGGCUGGUUGAGAGCAGACACCUGGUGUUCGGCAACCCCAUGGCCCACAGAGCCAAGCAUUUCGACGACGAACUAUAG